CUGCCCAAAUUCACAGCUCCCAUUCUCUGCUUGCAUUGCAUAUGCAUAUUGCAUAUAGAUAGAGAGGAAGGGAAGAGGAGUGUGUCCACUCCACCCCUGCCUUAACCCUUGCUAAUUCCUUCCUAUAGCCGCCAGCCAGAUAGAAUUGAAGCAGCAGCAGCAGAUCCUCUUCUUCGUCAUCGUCUUCAUCCUCGUGCUCGUGGUGGUCCUUGGUGCUGCUGCUGCUGCUGAUCCACAGCCGCUGCAGGUGCAGCAGCAGCAGCAACACUGGAGCACUAGAUCCCUGCUCCAGGCUCCUCCAAAGAUAGAAAUACUGGAAGUAAGGAGCGGAUAUGGGAGAGUGACAAGGAAAAAUAUUAUGAAACUGUUUUUGCACUGAUGUCAGACAAAACUGAUGCGGAACUGUCCCUUGAUCAGUUAAAGAUACUUACAUCAAAAGAAUCGAAAACAGAGAACACACAAUAUUACUUGCAGACCUGGCUAGAAAAGAAGCAAGUAAAGAUCCCGAAUUUCCCGCAUCCAUAUCCUCAGCUUGCUUCCUUGUACAAAGAAAUGAUAAGAUACCAGCGGAAGGACGGAGUCCAACUUACAGCAAACUUAUAUCUGCCCCCAGGUUAUGAUCCAUCAAAAGAUGGACCUUUGCCAUGUCUAGUUUGGUCCUACCCUGGUGAAUUUAAAAGCAAAGAUGCUGCUGGGCAAGUCCGUUGUUCCCCUAAUGAAUUUCCAGGGAUUGGUGCCACAUCCCCUCUUCUUUGGUUGGCUAGAGGGUUUGCUAUUUUGUCAGGUCCAACAAUCCCGAUUAUUGGUGAAGGUGACGAAGAGGCCAAUGACAGGUACGUGGAACAACUAGUUGCAAGGGCAGAGGCUGCAGUUGAGGAAGUUGUUAAAAGAGGGGUGGCUCAUCCUGAUAAAAUUGCUGUUGGUGGUCAUUCAUAUGGUGCAUUCAUGACAGCUAAUCUCUUAGCUCAUGCUUCGCAUCUUUUCUGCUGUGGGAUUGCUCGUUCUGGAGCUUACAACUGGACUCUUAACUCCAUUUGGUUUUCAGAACGAGGAUAGGACACUCUGGGAGGCAACAAGCACCUAUGUUGAGAUGAGCCCUUUCAUGUCAGCAAACAAAAUCAAGAAACCAAUCCUACUUAUCCAUGGAGAGCAGGACAACAAUUCUGGGACAUUGACGAUGCAGUGAGACCGAUUCUUCAAUGCCUUGAAAGGGCAUGGUGCGCUGUCUCGUUUGGUGAUACUUCCUUUUGAGAGCCACGGGUACUCUGCAAGGGAGAGUAUUAUGCACGUCCUCUGGGAGACUGAUAGGUGGCUGCAGAACUACUGUAUAAACAGUGCUAGCAAGGCUGACUCAGAUUCAGCGGCUGACAGCGAAAACGAAACACUGUCAGCCAGUGGCGGCAGUGCAGCUCGUGAAGAUCUGAGCCCUGAGGGAUCCUCAUAUCUACCACGAUCGCUUCUGUGGUAACUUUUCUUUGAUUGUUGCUUUUCUUAUGAAGAUAAACACACUUUGUUGUUUGGCACCCCUGAUAUUAGGAUUUAUGAUGCCCGCUUAAAAGCUCAUUCUCAUUCUUUAAAUUGAAAAAAAAAGAUAAUCAUUGUCUUCUUACUUAUUCUUAUGUCAACACAUGGAGCAAGGUGCCAAUUAUUUCGUCAUAAGUCUCACACCGUGCAAAAUAUUUUUUCCAUACAUCUCACACAGUACUAAUGCAUGUUUCUUGCAGCCAAAUAUUUUGUACUAUCAAAGGAUAUUGGAACAAAUGGUUUCAGUAAAGUAGUUUCACUUUUUGCAUUUUUUUGCUUACUUUGUUCAAAUAUGCAUACAUACAUACACAUCCUUAAGCGAAGAAGAUGACAAUGUUACUAUCUUUGGUUUCUUACAGAUCAACUUUCUUCAGUUGUUGUGAAACCAUCUCAGGACAGCAGGCCCAAACAGAAAAUAAAGUGCCAGAGCUGGUGCGGUGGUGCCCAUUGCCUUCGACAAGGCAUGGCUUGAUUGACAUUUUACUCGAUUGAUUUCUGCAUAAGAUGAUCGUGUUACUAACAUGUAGUGCCUAAAAAAUUACAAAAUGUAGGAAAGGCAUAAUCAUUGGUGGAUAUUGCGCCCGGGUAUAUUCGGAAUCAUAUUUACCCUAUUGGUAGAGGCCAACGGCAAUGGAACUGUAAUUCUUAACAAUUAAUGCUACAGGAAUGCAGUCUUGUUUGGAUCCCAUUUCUUGCACUCGACGGGAAACUG